CACAUCUCUUUUUGCAGAUUCUUUCCAGCUGUUUCCAAUGGUUUAUUCUGUUGCUGUGCCUGCUGUAAGGGAUGGAGCCUGGAAACAGCACAGGGGUGAUGGAGUUUGUGCUGCUGGGGCUAUCCCAGACCUUAGAGAUCCAGCGCUUCCUCUUCAUCUUGUUCCUCAUCUUCUACUCCAUGAUCCUCCCAGUCAACAUCCUCAUCAUCCUCACCAUCCAGGGAGAGCAUCAUCUGGGCUCCCUCAUGUUUUUCUUCCUGGCCAACCUAGCCUUUCUGGACACCUGCUACUGCUCCAUCUCCACCCCAAAAAUGCUGGCUGACUUCUUCUCCAGCAGCAAGACGAUCUCCUAUGGGGGCUGCAUGGCCCAGAUCUUCUUCAUCCACUUCCUGGGAGCAUCUGAGCGCUACCUCCUAGCAGUGAUGUCUUACGAUCAGUAUUUAGCAAUAUGCAAACCUUUGCACUAUGCAACGCUUAUGAAUGGUAGAUUCUGCCGCCAGCCAGCAGCUGGGUCAUGGAUAAAUGGAUGUCUGGCUAUUGCCAUCAUAACAUGUCUUAUGUUACAACUAAAUUUCUGUGGUCCCAAUGAAAUUGAUCAUUUCUUCUGUGAAUCCACACAAAUAAUCAAUCUCUGCUGUACUGACACCUACCUGAUAGAGCUUGUCAUUACAAUCCUGGUUGUUCUAUUCACUCUGCCUCCAUUUGCAUUAACAGUGGUGUCCUACGUUUGUAUCAUCUCCACUAUCCUGACCAUCCCUUCCACCACUGGCAGGCAGAAGACAUUUUCCACCUGCUCCUCGCACCUCAUUGUGGUGACAAUAUUCUAUGGGACGCUAAUGAUCGUGUAUCUGCUGCCCAAAACCAACACGCUCAGAGACCUCAACAAAGUGUUCUCUGUCUUCUAUACAAUCCUGACCCCUAUAACCAAUCCCUUCAUAUACAGCCUGAGGAACAAAAAGGUGAAGGAGGCGCUGAGAAAAAUUAUCUGUAAAUGUGCAGAUUUUACAAGAAUUCCUAACUGA